AAGUCAAGUCGGAAGAUGAAAGGGGGUACCUGCAAACACACUGCAAUCUUCAAUUGCCUCACUUAAGGCUUGCUUUGCUUAAUGCAAUGACAGUUUGCUACAAGGCAAAGAACCUUGCCACUGAAGCUAACUUUGCCAGACGGCUAUUGGAGACGAACCCCACCGUUGAGAGUCAGGCAAAGUUACCCAGGCAAGUGCUGCAGGCGGCAGAGAAGAAUAUGACUGAUGCUUCUCAACUGAACUAUGACUUCAGAAAUCCAUUUGUGACUUGUGGGGCAACAUAUGUACCAAUUUACCGAGGACAGAAGGACGUCUCUUGCCUUACUGUAGCUCACGGUUUGUGCCAAGCCAAGAAGGGAAGCUCUGUACUGUUUGUGAUCUUGCAGUGGUUGGUGCAGAUGCUUCGGGGUUACUAUGUUCUCCAUCUCAGAUUCGAUAAUCAGGCUGCAGGACUAGGAGGAUUCAUCCUUUUUGCAGCAGUUGCGGUCGUGUCGAUUGAUUUAUAUCUGCCAGUAAAUUGACAAACCAUGAGCUAGACAAGCGGGCGGAAUGAUGCUCUGUUUUCGGAAAGUAGGUGCUAUUUUUUCUUGACCGGUGGGUGGUGUAUUACUCAAUAGUGAACAUUUGAGUCUAGUUUGAGCAAAUUUUUUUUGUUGAGAUGGUUAUGUAGUAUUAAGCAGAGUAUGCUCACAAAUAUUAAUGGUAUAGUUACUUUUAAAUGGUCAUGGUUAUAGUUUGUUAUUUUCAUGAUAAUUCAAUCA